AGGCGGUGAGGGUGUGUACGAUAACUAACAGAGCAUUUUUUAUUUUUAUUUUCUGAAGUGAAGUUUGAGAGUCGGGACUUAGAAUGAAGAUCCUCCUCAUCUUCACCUUCUGCCUGAUUAUAGCUGGUUCUGAUGCUGUAACUACAGUAACUGGAUACAGAGGAAGAUCAGUUCAGAUUAAAUGCCCCUACGGAUCUGGAUAUGAAGAAUACAACAAGUUACUCUGCAGAGGUACAUGUCCGUAUGGGGGCAAUAAAGACAUUCCUGUUCGUUCUGGAUCUCCUGCUGAAGACACCAGAUUCUCUCUGUAUGACGACACAACAGCCAAAGUCUUCACUGUCACCAUCACUGACCUGAGAACAGAGGAUGGAAACACUUACUGGUGUGGAAUAGAGCGGACACUGAGUGAUAUUUACACAGAGCUUCUACUGCUGGUUAAAACGGAAGAUCCUGCCAUCACUACUGUCUCACACUCCACACACACCACACACUCCGCUUCAACACAGUCCAUGAGUCCAUCAGUGCCUGCUGAGAUCACACAUUCAACAAUAGCUAAUCCACUAAAGGAUGCUAACCAUCCAACCAUCGCUCCCUCACCUCAGGAAUUUCCGACUUCCACUGCCAUCAUUGCAGUGUCUGUGGUUCUAGUUCUGCUUCUCGUUGCCUUUUUAUUCGCCGUCACCCUACAGAGGAAAAAGAAGACACAAGUCUCAGCCUCAUCUUCAGCCCAGGCUCCACAAAGCUCCUCAAACCUCCAUGUGGUCCCAUGUCCUGUCUAUGAUUAUGAGGAGAUUAAAGACAGCAGAUGUCUUUCUAACACACUUUACUCCACUGCUCAGCUACUCUCAACCCCCUCCGAGUUAUAUUCCAACACAGGAUUACCCUCAGUUCCCUCUGAUUCUUCACAAAAUCUUUAUGCGACAGUACAACACCCAUCAGAUUCUCCUGAUCAGGACGUCUACUCCACAGCUCAGUUACCCACAAUUCUCUCUGAUUCCUCAGUCAGUGCUGCUCCACCGUCAGUUAUGAAAUCUGGUGAAAGUCCAACAUACGCAGCAGUGAGUUUUAACACCAGAUCUAAUGCUGCAGCUCCACCAGUGAUCUACAAGAGCGAGAGCAACUCAUGUGACUACGCUACUGUUAAUAUUAACGGAUGUGGCUAGUUAGCAUUCAUCAGAACGCUAAUCAUUCCGAGUUAUUUGUCAUUUGUAGCGCGCAUUAUAUUACUUUAUACCACAGUGCUGUUUAGUUCUCAAAUCGGAUUGGUCAGAAAGUGCUGAUUCAUUUUCUAUAAGUACGCUGUUUUAUAUUUUAAUGUAUGUUUUUAACAUUUUAAAUUGUUGGUAAAUUGCUAUGGUAUGAGAAGAAUAUAACACAUGGGGCAUGCGGUUAUGUAAAAAUAAUCAACUUUGGGGGUGUAACAGUAACUCCACUUCAUCACACCACCCUGUCACUUUAGUAUAACAGUAACACACACACUGUUUAUUUCUUACUUUUUAUAUAAUCCUCCUAUUCAUGUACUGUAAUGUGUUUAAGUUGCAGCAUUAUAUUCCAAGUUUCACCAAUUUCAAGGUGUUUAAUAUGUUUAGUUAAUUCCCAUUAAGGUGUUUACUCUUCCUCUUGAACCUUGUGUAUAUCAGUGUGUAUGGCUUCUUUCACUUUUGUUGAGCAAUAUUGUAUAUAGGUUAUAGAUUAUAAAUCAAGAUAUUUCUAUCAGGAAGUGGAAUAACUUAUUUAUGAUAUUUAUUAUUUCUGUAUUUGCUUUUGUUGCUAUUUUUUGUUUUCUAUUACUAUCAAUAAAAUAAUAUUUACUAUUUUAACAUAAUACCAAACUGUAAUAAACGGUGUGAUUCCUUUCAUUAUAUUAUGAUUCUGUGGGUGCAAUAAUGAAGAAAAAGAAAGAAAGAAUUAUAAACAAUUACAAAUGUGUGAUGAAAGGGUUAGGUUUCGGAAAUUCAGUGACCAGUGAAGGGUAUUCGCUUUAUUUAUUUUUACACUAAAGGUGGAACUGAAUAUGAAUACAUUAUAGAAUGUGUUCUAAACAAUUACAACAUAGCAACACUAUGUACUAGCUUUGUAGUGGAUUAUGAGAGUGUGUCCAGCGAUCUUUUCUGAUAUUUCUGUAAUGUAAGAAACCCAAAUAUUAAGUAAAUCUGAAAAUGUUUUUUGUUGGCUAUUUUCUUCUCCUAGUUUAAAUGGUACACAUAUUCAUUUGAGAAGCUAUGUUUACUGCGGGGCUUUUCUCACUCACCUUGCUGUUUAUCUCAGAUUCUCUGUGAACCUCAAAGAGCAGUUUCUCCAGCUCCAUCACUCUGUCCUCCAGGUUCAGCACAUAGAGCUCCUCGCUCUGAGCUCCAGCGUGUCCUUUUGUCCAUCAGAAGAAUUCAGAAAACCUGAAGAGACAAUCUGCACCGAGUCUAAACGCAAAAGCACAAACGUCACUAACCUUGGGUGAGUGGUUGGAAUGAAAACCUGCACCCACACCAGCCCUUUCCGGAUACGAUUGGACACCCCUGCUCUACACUUAUUAGCCUGAGUUAGCAGACUCUACCUGAUUGGCCCAUAUAAAAUGUCAUUAAUUUCUGUCUUAUACUAUAGUACAGUAUUUCUUUCUUUUUUCAGUGAAGUCCGACUUGAAUCCACCCAGAACUCAUCUGAGCAAA